AUGGCCACUUUCAGCCGCCAGGAAUUUUUCCAGCAGCUCCUGCAGGACUGUCUCCUGCCUACUGCCCAGCAGGGCCUUGACCAGAUCUGGCUGCUCCUUGCCAUCUGUCUCGCCUGCCGCCUCCUCUGGAGGCUCAGAUUGCCAUCCUACCUGAAGCACGCAAGUACCGUGGCAGGUGGGUUCUUCAGCCUCUACCACUUCUUCGAGCUGCACGUGGUCUGGGUCAUGCUGCUCAGCCUUCUGUGCUACCUCGUGCUGUUCCUCCGCCGACGUUCCUCCCAUCGCGGCGUCUUCAUCUCCGUCACCAUCCUCGCCUACCUGCUCAUGGGUGAGACGUACAUGGUGGACACUGUGGCGUGGCACAGGAUGCGAGGGGCCCAGAUGAUCGUGGCUAUGAAGGCAGUGUCUCUGGGCUUUGACUUGGAUCGGGGUGAGGUGAGCAUGGUGCCCUCACCCCUGGAGUUCAUGGGCUACCUCUGCUUUGUGGGCACUGUCAUCUUUGGGCCCUGGAUAUCCUUCCACAGGUACUUAGAGGCCGUCCAAGGCCGCCCACUGAGCUGCCGGUGGCUGCAGAAGGUGGCCCAGAGCCUGUUGCUGGCCCUUCUGUGCCUGGUGCUGUCCACCUGUGUGGGCCCCUAUCUCUUCCCCUACUUCAUCCCCCUCGAUGGUGACCCCCUCCUUCGCAAGUGUCUGCGAGCCUAUGAGAGUGCCGUCUCCUUCCGCUUCAGCAACUAUUUUGUGGGCUUUCUAUCCGAGGCCACAGCCACGUUGGCAGGGAGCGGCUUCACCAAGGAGAAGGAUCACCUGGAAUGGGACCUGACAGUCUCUAAGCCACUGAACGUGGAGCUGCCCCGGUCCAUGGUGGAAGUUGUCACAAGCUGGAACCUGCCCAUGUCUUGCUGGCUAAAUAACUAUGUUUUCAAGAAUGCUCUCCACUUGGGGACCUUCUCAGCUGUGCUGGUCACCUAUACAGCCAGCGCCCUCCUGCACGGCUUUAGCUUCCACCUGGCUGCGGUGCUGCUGUCUCUGGCGUUUAUCACUUACGUGGAGCACAUCCUCCGAAAGCGCUUGGCUCGGAUCCUCAGUGCCUGCAUCUUGUCGAGAAGGUGCCCACCAGACUGUUCACACCAGUAUCGUUUGGGCCUGGGGGUGCGAGCCUUAAACCUGCUCUUCGGGGGCCUGGCCAUCUUCCACCUGGCCUACCUGGGCUCCCUGUUUGAUGUUGAUGUGGACGACACCACAGAGGAGCAGGGCUACGGCAUGGCAUACACGGUCCACAAGUGGUCAGAGCUCAGCUGGGCCAGUCACUGGGUCACUUUUGGAUGCUGGAUCUUCUACUGUCUCAUAGGCUGA